CCCCCAUGCCACUUAUCUGCUCACUUGUUCACGAUACAGGAAUGUCCUAUACCAUGGCUUCUUUUCAUGGGCAUCAUUGACAAGAUUUGGACUUACCUACCCAAGAGCAUAGUAUCAGUGUAUUAGGGAGCGGUGAGAGACAAUAGUUCACGUCCACAAAGAUAUUGAUUCACUUGACCUACCCGCCCCUCAUCUUGCUCACCAAACCUGUAAUCUUGUUUCCACGGCAAUACACCGGACGGAAGCCUAGCUAUAAAAACUCUGUUUCUCCCCCCCUUCACUUCUGGCCUCCUCUUCCUCCUUACUCUUCACCUUCAUUGCCGAUUGUGCAUGGUUUCUUGACUCGAGCAUGAGAUAACUUCACAAUGCCUGACCUCAAGCAGUUGCAUUGCCAUCUCGAGCUCUCCGAUCCAAAGGGCCCGAAGACGGUCUUGCGUGAGUUCAACACCACCUACGCUGACGGCGCUGUCAACACUUUCAUCGCUGUGCCCGAGAAACCGGAGCCUUUCUGCAUCAAGUUCUGUUCUAAUGGAUACAUUGCCACCGGUAUCGCUGCCUUUGUCUUCAUCGAUGGCGAAUAUCAAUGCAACCGCGUGCGUCAGGGUCUGAUUGCUCCAGCUAAGGGUGUCUCACCCGUUAGCACUGACGUGCACUUCAUCUUUCGUGGACAGGAACUUCCAGAGGGUCGUACUUUCAAGACGAGAUGGUGGAAAUUUGAGGCGCUCAACAUUGGAGCUGCUGACGCAACGAAUGCGCCCCCCAACAUCGACGCCAUGGGCACCAUCACGGUUAUGGUUUUGAGAUGCAAGCCAGACCCAAAAGUUGAUUUCGCCAAUAUUCCGAAAUUGAUAACCUCACGUGAAAUUCCUCUGAGAACUAAAACUGCUGCGACCAAAACCAAGGUGUCCUCAACUCAAGCAAACGACGAUAACAGUAGCGUAGGAGGGCUUGGUGGCCUUUUCGAUGGGCCUUCUGAUGAUUAUUUUCGAACGUCGUCGCGUGGCGACGAUGGAAGACGCAAGUCUCGACGCAGCGAGCGAGAUACCCAGGACCAAUGGUACAGUGACGAUCGCGAUGAAAUUGAGCCAUCAAAAGGUCCACAUGUUUCCAAAGGCCGCAAUAGGGCGGGCCCAGAGCGCCUCAGAGAGAUCUUUCGCUCGCCAGAUCGUGAUCCCUCUUCGAAAAGCCCUUCUCGAAGCUCUCAGCGUGACUACUCCCAGUCUCAUCCGCGCCGUCAUAGCAGUCAUUCAAAGGCUUCAGAGCAUUCACCUAAGCACGAACGCCGUCGUUCUAAGCAUUUGGCUUUCGAUGGCACUGCUUCAAGCGAGGGAGGAAACAGCUGGACACAAGCGCCCACGACAAAAAACUCUGAAAACCGACCUAGUUCGUAUCGUGCUGUCGGUUUUGAAGAUGAAAUAGGAGCUAAACCACAUACAGUGAAGCACUAUGAUCCCAUUGGCGAUCGCAUGGGAAUAUGGAGCCCGAGAUCUAGCGAUUCAUAUGCCAGCAAGACAGGACUGAAGACCCACGCAGCGAAGCAUAGUGGUAAAGCAAAGGACGGCUUUGACAGUGAUUCAUCCUCAACUACCACUGUCGGUGUCAAUGAAGCUUCCCGCCGUGCUCGAAUGCGCGAAACGCCUACCGAAGAUUGGCCUUCCUCCAUCCCUGAGAGUGAAGAAGAUACCUAUCCAGGUGCGCUACAAGCAGGUCUCAACAUGGCCAAUCCUGAUCACUGGGAAAUCCUUGAAGAGAGAGCCACUAGAAGCGGACGCUUCACUCACCCAUCUCACGCUAUCUCUGCAGCUCGACGAGGCCUAAAGGACUCUAAGUGGGACGAAGAAGAGGACAGUGUUGUUGUUGGUGGUGGUAGCGGUGGCAAAGGUAAAGAGUCCAGCUCGAAAGUCGACAAACCCCGUAAUUACAGCGGCCCAGCUUUUGGAAAAGACAGUAGCUGUGAUACGAAAUGGGUUCCUAAGAACAGUAUCUCAAGCGGAAGCACUCCUCAGAACGAUGGCAGUUGGGGCAGCAAACCCGGCAGCUCUCAGAUCGCAUGGAGCAAGAAAGCCAACAGUAUCGCCAAGUGGACCGAAAGCAUACACCCCGACGAAUCGGCAAGCAACUCAGGAAAACGCUCGCAUACCAGUACUCCUCCGGGUUCUCAGGAUGGUCCGAGUAACAAUCGUGGCAGUCAGUCUGGUAGCACUCGCAGCAAGAAUCCCGGUGGGUCUCAGACCAGCCAUGCGAGACAGAAUCGAACCACCAACGACACAGCCUGUGACCCAAUCGGACAAGGUCAGACUCGAGGUACUAGCCAGCACCAACGUACCUCCCUUCUAGGCAAACCUGCAAGCAACAAUGGUAGUCGCAAUUCAAGGAACAGUGCUCAGGGUAAAAACACGAAGCUACCAGCGGGGAACAAUGCUUCCAAUCAAACCCAGUCCGCUAGCAACGCAGUGGAAGGUACAGGCGUUCAGUCUAAAGACAACAACAGCUCGAACUGGAACAACGGGAAUGACCAAGGUUUCAGUCCGGAUCAGGGCAAUACUUCAGGCUGGGACACCAGUAACGACAACCAGAAUGCCUCAACAGGUCAAACCCAAAGCAACGCCAACUGGAACGACAACAGCAAUACUCCUGUAGACCAGAACCAAGCCUCCAACUGGCAGGAUUCUGCCGAUGCUUCCGGAGACCAAACCCAGAACAACUGGGACAGCAGCAACACCACUCCAGCGAUCCCAACUCAAGGAGACUCCAACUGGGACAACAGUGGAGCCACCUCAGCCGAUCAGAACCAGGGAAACGCAGGUUUUACCAACGACGAAAACAGUCAAACCAACAACAACCAAGGCGACCAAGAAUGGAACGCCAACGCUGAACCCGCAGCAGAUCAAACCCAGGGUGACGCAAACUGGGUCCAGAGCGAAGACAACGCAGCACAAGUCUGGGACAACAGCAACAACGACAACAACACCACCAGCCAAGCAUCCACCGUCGUCCCCAGCACAAACGACUGCACCCACCCCUCCUUCAUCCCACCCUGGACCACCUCAACCUGGCACCCACGCCCCAGCCCCCCUCUCCACCCCAAGCUCCACCACUCGGCACCAGAAGUGCCCCUGUACACCGUCGCCGCCGCCACCGUCGCCGCAAAAUCCGUGGACACCCAGGUCCGCCACGGCCCGCUGCGCGCCUGGCCCUCCGAGACCGCGCGUCCGGAGUACAUGGACACGCCGGCGCGGCCGUACGCCGUGUUCACGUUCCAGUAUCGCAGCAGGGCGAUGCUGGAGGGAGUCCUGGGGAGGAAGCUGGAGGAGAGUGCGGGGGAGAAGAGGGAGAGGCUCAUGCGGAUGAGCAAGGAGGAGGUUGUGGCUGAGUUGAUGGGGGCGUAG